GGAUGUACGAUAUCGUGGCGGGGAGCGAGUUCGUUACUGCUGGAGGCGGAUGGAGCUGGAGCUCGGGCUCGCGCUGCCGUCGCCCGGCCCGGCGGAGCUUGACCUCCUCAACAGCGCGCCGGGGUCCUGCGGCAAGAGGGGCUUCGAGCGCGCGCUCGAGGACGACGACGACGGUGGUGGCAAUGGCGGCGGCGACAGCGAUUCCGACGGCGAAAUGGGCAACAAGAGGAGGAAGCUGGUGGGGUGGCCGCCGGUGAAGUGCUUGCACCGGCGUCUCGACGGCGGCGGCGGCGGAGGAUACGUGAAGGUGAAGAUGGAAGGGGUGGCGAUCGGGAGGAAGGUGGACUUGUCCCUCCAUGGCUCGUACGCCGAGCUGCUCGACACGCUCCACCGCAUGUUCCCCUCCACUAACCAAGAGGAUGAUGGCGACGACCGUCGACGUCAUCCACACGCUGUCACCUACGAGGACGGGGAAGGAGAUUGGAUGCUGGUCGGAGACGUGCCAUGGGAGGCCUUUGCCAAGUCAGUGAAACGGCUCAAGAUACUGGUGCAGUGCAAUAACUGACUGCAAGCCACUAGUACUAGUCUUCACUACUUCGAAUAAAAUUGUAAGUGAACAAAUCAUCUUGUUCACACUCUCUCCAUAAAUUAUGUGUACUGGGAUCGAUCCAGUAUUUCGCAAUUCCAUAAGCUUGAUGAAUGGAAAUUAAGCUCGUAGCUGUUGUCA